CUAAAUAAUAUCGGUUUAUGGUGCGUGGUGUACGUAAAGACCGAAGACUGAUUACGUUGUUUUGCGGAAAUAGGAAUAAGAAACUCAAAUCUAUUUUUGCUUCGUAUUAUUUUGGAACAGCGACACAACAUUAUUUAGUUUCGCAUUCUAAUUUCUAAUCUGGAUUCAUGAACGGUAAAACCUAAGAAGAGAAAAUGGAGGAAGGAUUGCUAUCGAAGGAGAAUCAGAUGAAUCGAAGAAAAGAGGUAUCGGAAGAAUUAGGUUUAGGAUUAGGUCUUCAAUGGAGACAAGUACGAGAAGAGGUUCAGUUAGUGAGUUGGAUAGCAGGUCCGAUGGUAGCCGUAGUGUUGUCUCAAUAUUUGUUGCAGGUUAUAUCGAUGAUGAUGGUCGGUCAUCUCGGCGAGCUUUAUCUCUCUAGUUCCGCCAUUUCUAUUUCUCUUUCCGGUGUCACCGGCUUCAGUGUCAUGCUAGGGAUGGCAAGUGCUUUAGAGACCAUAAGUGGGCAAUCUUAUGGUGCACAACAGUACAGGAAGUUGGGAACACAAACAUAUACAGCCAUUUUCUCUCUUAUAUUAGUCUGCAUUCCGAUCUCAAUCCUAUGGACUUGCAUCGAAAAAAUCCUCAUUUUGAUUGGCCAAGACCCUACAAUAUCACGUGAAGCCGGUAAAUUCUCAACGUAUCUUUUACCGGCCCUCUUUGCUUAUGCAGUUCUUCAACCUCUUGUUCGCUUCUUCCAAUCCCAAAGUUUGGUGAUGCCUAUGGUUAUAAGUUCCUGUGCCACUCUUUGCCUCCACAUUCCCCUAUGUUGGGCUUUGGUAUUCAAAUCUGGAUUACAAAACCUUGGAGGCGCGGUAGCAAUUGGUUUAUCAAUGUGGUUGAAUGUGGCCUUCCUUGCUUUAUACAUGAAGUUCUCUCCUUCGUGUGCAUUAACUCGAUCCCCACUCUCCAUGGAAAUAUUCUAUGGAAUUGGAGAGUUCUUUGGAUUUGCUGUUCCUUCUGCGUUUAUGAUUUGUUUGGAAUGGUGGUCAUUUGAGCUUCUGAUCCUACUAUCAGGCCUUUUACCUCAUCCAGAGCUUGAGACUUCUGUUCUUUCAGUAUGCUUGACAACAAUUUCGACGCUCUAUGCAAUACCUUAUGGAGUAGGAGCUGCUGCAAGCACCAGAGUCGCAAAUGAACUUGGGGCCGGAAACCCACAAGGAGCUCGUACUGCUGCUUAUGGAGUUAUGCUAAUUGGUGUGGCAAAUGGUAUUCUUGUCAGCUCGAUCCUUUUUGCUACCCGAAAAAUAUUUGGCUACACCUUCAGCAAUGAGAAGGAAGUUGUAGAUUAUGUCACUGUGAUGGCGCCUUUGGUUUGCAUCAGUGUUAUAAUUGACAGCCUUCAAGGUGUAUUCUCAGGUAUAGCAAGAGGAUGUGGGUGGCAACAUAUAGGUGCUUUCGUGAAUCUUGCAGCUUUCUAUCUUUUCGGGAUUCCAGUUGCAGCUAUACUUGGCUUUUGGGUGCACAUGAGAGGAAGAGGUCUUUGGGUUGGGAUUCUCUCUGGCGCGGUUGUGCAGACAACGCUUCUAGCUAUCAUUACAAGCUGUACAAACUGGGAAGAGGCGGCAAGAAAAGCGUGGCAAAGAAUAUCAAAAACAAACUGUCGCGUGGAUGAACAAAGACUAUUGAUUUGAUAGUUUUGAACACAAAAUGGUUGCUUUGCAAGCAUAUAGCCAGUACGAAAAUCUGGAGCCAUAUCAACCAGCCAAACAAUUGUAAAAUGAUCAGUACUUUGAAAUAGUACCACACUUUUUUGUUAUUUAAGGCGGAGAAUCGAGACAACGGAUGAUUUGAGUAUUACAUGCACAAGCAAUUCUGAUAAGAGUUUGGAAAUGAACAAAAUUUUGAAUGAAAUCGCAUUUUAGCUUC